ACCUUCCCGCGAAGGCGCGAAGCCAAGCCUACUUGUGUUGGCGCCGCAACGCGAGAGGCAUGGCUCUCCUCCUCCUCCUCCACCUCUUCCUCUUCCUCCGCCUCGUUACCUCCGCCGCCGCCGACUCGUUUCCGGCCACUGCGAUCUUCGUCCUCGGUGACUCCACUGCAAGCUGUGCCGCCACCACGCUGUCCCUCAACCUCACACCCCCGUCCUCUUUCUCUAGCCCCUGCCUCUUCCACUCCGGCCGCCGCCGCCUCCUCCCCGACAUCCUUGCCGCCAAAAUGGAGCUCUCGCCACCGCCGCUCAUCUCCACGCUCAACGGCUCAGCGGCCGCGGCCGCGAUGGGCGUCAACUUCGGCGGCGAGGAGGGCGAGAGCGGCGGAGCCGGCGUGUUCCGCAUGGGCGCCGUCGGGCAGCAGCUGCGGCUGGCCGCCGAGACGCUGCAGCUGCUGCGCCUCGAGGCCGCCACGCCGGGCGAGGCGUCCGCGGCCGUGGCCGGCGCCGUCUUCGUGGUGUCCUUCGGCGCCGACGCGUACGCGCGGCUGCUCGCGCGCGGGUCCGAGGCGGACGCGUCGGCGCCCAAGCACGGCCGCCGCGGCUUCGCCCGCCUCCUGGCCGGCCGCGUGGCGCGCGCGGUGCAGGAGCUGUACGAGGCGGACGUGAGGAGGGUGGCGGUGCUGGGGGUGCCGCCGCUGGGGUGCGCGCCGCGGGUGAUGUGGGACGGGCUGCACCUCGUGGACGGCCGCGGGUGCGUGGAGGAGGCCAACGAGCUCGUCCAGGGGUACAACGCCAGGGUGGAGGCGCAGCUGGACGCGCUCCGACCGGAGCUGCCCGGCGCCGACAUCGUCUUCUGCGACGUCUACAAGGGGGUCAUGGAGAUGAUCACCAAUCCCGCCGCCUAUGCCCUACAUAGGAGUAGUACUCGAUAUCAAGCGGAGCGAUCCGAAUUGCAGUUAGCACGACCUAAACGACAAGGGUUUGAGGAGGCGAGGGACGCGUGCUGCGGGCUGGGCCCGUUCGGCGGCACCAUCGGGUGCCUGACGAGGGAGAUGGCGUGCCCCACACCGCAGGGACACGUCUGGUGGGACCUGUACAGCGUCACCGAGACUGUGAACACACUGCUCGCGGACUGGGCCUGGUCGGUGCCGCCGUCGCCGGACUCCAACACGAGCGUCUCCCGCCCCAUUACCCUGCAGCAGCUUGCCGGCCAAGCUGAUGCGCCGCCACCACCGGUGAUGGUGUAGGUCCGACAGCGAGGGCUGGUUAUUUCGGCUUGAUCGUUGGAGAUCGGACAAUUUUCGUUUCACCCGUGCUGUUGUUCCAGUCGACGGCCGAAAAUAAAGGAAAUCAGAGAACACUCAUGCUAGAGUAAAUUGCACAGAAGUAUCACAAUUGGGGCAUUGAAAGCAGAUUGGUAUCAAGAUUGGUAAUUUUUUCA